GAAUUCACUUCCGGUCCUGCAGUGACGUGUAUAAUGUGCGACGGCUAGCUCGCUGGCUCAGCACCCUGCUUCGCUGUCAGGAUGGGGACUCAGAUCAAAGACGUGGUGAUUAAACCUGACGCCCCGAACACACUCCUGCUGGAGAAGCACGCAGACUACAUCGCUGCCUACGGCUCCAAAAAAGACGACUAUGAGUACACCCUGUCGGAGUACCUGAGGAUGAGUGGGAUUUAUUGGGGUCUCACUGUGAUGGAUCUGAUGUCUCAGCUGCACCGCAUGAACCGAGACGAGAUCAUCGACUUCAUUAAAGCGAGUCAGCACGAGUGUGGAGGCAUCAGCGCUAGCGUCGGGCACGACCCCCAUUUACUGUACACACUGAGCGCCGUGCAGAUCCUGACCCUGUACGACAGCGUGAAGGCGAUCGAUGUGGAUAAGGUGGUGGAGUACGUGCGGGGACUGCAGCAGGAGGACGGAUCAUUCGCAGGAGACAAAUGGGGUGAGAUCGAUACGAGGUUCUCCUUCUGUGCCGUGGCCACGCUCGCUCUGCUGGGCAGGUUGGAUGCGGUGGAUGUGGAUAAAGCGGUGCAGUUUGUUUUGUCCUGCAUGAACUUUGAUGGGGGAUUUGGCUGCAGACCCGGCUCUGAGUCUCACGCUGGACAGAUUUACUGCUGUACAGGUUUCCUCUCCAUCACUGGGCAGCUCCAGCAGGUGAACGCUGAUCUGUUGGGUUGGUGGCUGUGUGAGAGACAGCUCCCGUCUGGAGGCCUCAACGGCCGACCCGAGAAGCUGCCGGAUGUGUGUUACUCCUGGUGGGUUCUCGCUGCGCUGAAGAUCAUCGGCAGGAUUCACUGGAUCGAUAAAGCCAAGCUGAGGACGUUUAUCCUGGCGUGUCAGGACGAGGAGACGGGGGGAUUCGCUGACCGACCCGGAGACAUGGUGGACCCGUUCCACACUCUGUUCGGUGUAGCCGGUCUCUCUUUACUGGGUGAUGAACAGAUUAAAGCGGUGAAUCCGGUCUUCUGCAUGCCGGAGGAGGUUCUGCAGAGAAUCGGCCUCCACACGGACCUGCUCACAUAAAACACACACCUUUACACACUGUACUGUGUUGUAGAUCUUAUGAGUGUGUUAUGAUGCAUCGUAAGCCUCUAAACCCUCUGGUGUGUAAGAGGUAAUAAUGUGUUUGCUUGUUAACUGGCUGUGUACGUUGAGGUUGUUUGGGAUCCUGUUCGGUGGUAAUGACGGAAACAUGCUGCUGUUUCUCUGAAGCCUGGAUACAGAACUGUGUUUAAAUACGGCUUUUAUAUAUUUAUUUCUCCAGCAGCGUGCAGGAGUGAGGAGCUUCAGUCAAAAGGAUGGAGCUUGUCUGUUGUAUUGAACUAAAGAUAACUGAAUAAAUAACUACAAUUAUAAAUAGAUUAAAGCUCACUGAUCUGAUUAUUAUUACGCAUGGCAGUGCGUCUUUUUAUUAUUAUUUAAUCUAAGGUCUUGCUUUUAAUUAUUUAUCACAAAUUCAGGAGUUUUCUCACAUUCCUACAGUCAGAUCUUUAAAUAUUUCUCCAGCACUCACUUUUUAUAAUAAUGCAAAAAUGGAUUCAUGAUCACUAGCUGGUCAGCUGCUGGUCAUUUACUUUUCAUUUCCCACUUUGAUUUUUCAUUGUCAAGUUCACGAAUAUGCUAAACAGCUAUGGGUGUGGCUAAAACUUAGGCCACGCCUACUCGUGUUUCUACUCUGAGUUCUGAGGUAAACAGCAUGCAAGAGAUGACUAGUGAAAUAAUAGAUUUAGCAGAUGGUCAGAGUGAAGAUUUUGUUUUUAGUUCAUUGGCUUGGAGAUGAACAUUUUUAAUCCUGCAGGAGGAGGAGGCGUGAAUAUGACGGUUAAUGACGGGGUUGCCAGAUUGGGUUAGUUUAAAAUACUCUGUGUUCGCCAAAAUCUUGUUUUUUAUAGCAAAUAAUCUAAAAUAGAUGGAAAUAAUUUUGGCAAAAUGGCAACGUGUAAAUGCAAAUAUAAUUCAAUUCAAUUCAAUUUUAUUUGUAUAGCGCUUUUAACAGCUGACAUUGUCACAAAGCAGCUUUACAGAAAUAAACGGAUUCACAAAAAAUA